AUGUCAACUAAGAAGAUAACGAGGAAGUCGUUAUAUGAUGAUGAGGAAAUUUCCAGUUCAGAUGAUGGAGAUUCAAACCCUUUAAGCUACAUGCCCAACUUGGAGUUUGAGUUUGUUGAAGUGGAUAAAGAUACGAACGAUAUUGAAAUAAUACCCGACGAAAAGGUUGAAGAACUUGAAGAGAAUGUAGCAUCUGAAAACGAAGAGUUUGACUUUCCUCUAUUUGCUAGUGUUGCUUCCGAUGAAAGGGAAGAUAUCAAGAAUAAAGAGGGACAGGACGUGAAAGAUAAUGUGGCGAGACCACAGGUGAUGAAAGUUUCUUUGAAGGAAGACUAUGAAGAAGUAAUAGUAAACGAAAGACCAGAAUCGUACUAUUUUGCUCGAUUUUCAGAAGAACAAAAAACACAAUUCAUAGCAGCUGCCAUAACGGCAGAAGACAUAUAUGAGCAGGCCAACGUUGUGAUAGAUCUUCAGCCCUGGAAAUGCAUAGACUUGAAGAAGUAUAAUCUGAAAAUAGAGAACGAGCUCCUCAAGAAGAAGUUGAACAGACGUCCUGGCAAGAAGAAGAGAGAAAACAAAAUAGCAUGUAGAGAAAGAAAGUUGGAAAGAGCCAAGACGUACAAGAAAAUCGAAAAGGAGAAGAUGGCCAAGUUGAAGAAGAAGAUGUUCCACAAGAGAGGAGGCAAGAAGCACAAGAAGAAGGAAGUUGCACCAGCAAAGCCAAAGUAUAGAACGGAAUAA